AUGGCGGACCAGCAGGCAGCCAUGUUUGGAGAGUGCUGCUUCGAUGUUGGUGAUGUGAAAAUCACCAUGGGAACAGGCACCUUCAUGGACAUCAACACUGGGAGCAAUCCACAUACAUCUGUUGCAGGUCUGUAUCCUCUUGUGGGAUGGAAGAUGGGCUCAGAGGUGGUGUACCUGGCAGAGGGGAAUGCAGCAGACACAGGCACCGCCAUCAAAUGGGCUCAAAAGCUGGAGCUCUUCUCUGACGUUCAAGAGACCAGUGCGAUGGCGUACAGUGUGAGUGAUUCAGAUGGAGUGUGCUUUGUCCCUUCCUUCAGUGGUCUACAGGCUCCGUUGAAUGACCCUAGAGCUUGUGCUUCCCUAAUGGGCCUUAAACCUUCCACAACCAAAAACCAUCUUGUCAGGGCCAUUCUGGAGUCUGUUGCAUUCAGAAACAAGCAGCUGUAUGAGACGAUGCUGAGGGAGACUCGCAUUCCAAUCACAAAGAUCAGGGUGGAUGGUGGUGUUUCUGCAAACGACUUCAUCAUGCAGCUGACUGCAGACCUGUUUGGUAGGAAGGUGGUCAGACCUCUGCACCGGGAGAUGUCUUGUCUGGGGGCUGCUUUUGUGGCUGGACUUGGAGCGGAUGCUAUGACUGAAGGCUUCACUAUCAGGGACCAUGUGACCAGGGACUGUGAGUGUGAGACAAGGGCUGAUGGGGUUCAGCGGGGGCCGCUGACUAUGACAAGGAGGCUCAUUGAUGAGUCUGUGCAGAUUUGGUGA